AUGAAUAUCAUGAAAAGUAUUGAGUCAAAAGCAUCUAUUGAUAGAACAAAAAUGAAAGAUAUCGGAACUAUGAAAACAUCAAUUAAACCAAAAUCUGAAGCAGCCGUACGUAGAGGUAGAUCACCUACAAAAAAACCACCGAUAUUUAAGACUUCUAAAAAGACCGAUGAUAGUGGAGCUUCCAUCCCUACUCUUUGCGUUGAAGGAAGUGCCGUAGAAUACAUUCAUUCUUCAAACACAAAUAAUCCUCAAAAAACAAAUUUGGGGAAACAAUUGUUAAUACCCACUGAAAAUAAACCAAGUAGAUCACAAAGCCCAAUGUGGACUCCAGGAUCAACUUCUUAUGCGGAAAUGUUGAGGAAACCCUCUUCAAGAGCCUCAUCGGUCAGUAGUCGUGGAGAUGAUGAUAUAAUGCCUUAUCGUUUAAGUAACAAAUAUUUUACUUUAAGAGGUGCUUCUAUAUCACCUAAUAGAAGAACCAAAGAUCUUGACCUAAAUGAGGCUGCUAUUUGUAUGGGAGAUUCUAGCUCUGCAGAAAAAUUACGUUCAUCUGAAAAGAAAGCAGAAAACACAAAUAUUACAGAAAAACCUAUACUGAGCUGGGCUGAUGAGCCAUUAGAGGAUUUCGAAGAGAUAAAUGAGUUUUCUGAAGAACGCGCUUCUCACGAUGAACAAAUUUCUUCCCCGCAGCCUAUGUCAACAAUAGCUAGCUUAAUUAAUUCAACUAAUAAUUUUUUGUUGAAUCCUUCUAUCGAAAGUGCACCAUCAAGUGAAUUUAAUCAGCCAAUUGAGUGCAGUUUUCCACCUUCUGUCAAACCUGAUGAUUCAUUCAUAAAAAAUUGUACACCUCAAACUCUGAAUAUGUCAAGAGAUCUUUCAACGUUAAAAACUAUUCAAACUCCGAUAAUAGCAAAUGUUGAAAGUGGUUUUGAAAAUUCUGAUACUUUUUCUCAAACAACUUCAAAAGCUCAUUUGGCUGAUGAUAUAAAACUUACUCCAACAGUUAUGGAAAAAAAAUUUGAAUCUGAAAAACAAAUUUCAUCCGAAAUACUAAAAGAUUCUGAAAGCUCAUCAAAAUCAUAUGCUCAAAUGCUUUCGCAAGGUUUACCACCAAAGGUCAUUCAAGACAAUUCAGUCACGGAAAAAGAUCAAAUCCAAAUCGACACAGCUGCAAAAUUAAAAAGUGACAUAAGUAAAAGUACCGUUGUAACUAAAGUUGGCCCUUCUAAUUCUUCAAAAAAAUAUGACAAGAAAAAGGAAGAAACAAAAAGUUGGGACUCAGUUAAAAAGAAAGAUGAUAAACAAAAACAAAGUUCAGUCAUACAACCGAAAAUUGAUAAAAAAAUUGAUCAAAGUUCAAAACUAAAUAUUCGAAAAAAUAUAAAUCCCAAUAAGCCGAAAAAUUCUUCGAAUUUGCCAGAAAAGAUACAACCAAUUCAAUCUGAAAUUUCAGAAAAAAGAAAAGCAAUUACUCAAUCAAAAGACGAACCUAUAAAACCGCCGAAACAAGAUCGUACAGCCUUGAAAGAAAUCGAAAUGAUGGAAAAACAAAAGCAUAAAUCUACAAAAGAAAAUCAAUCAAAACCAAGUUCAAGUCGUGUACCUGAUAUAACUAACGUAAAAGUUUCAAAAAAACCAAUAUCGCAGUUAGGUAAUAAAGUAAAACCAGAGCACCAAACUAGUGAUAAUUUAUGCUGUUCUAAUGGAGCAAAAAAAUCAAUUGUCAGUAGCCAAAAAAAUCAAUCCAGUGAGAGCAGCAUCCAACAAACUUCAAUUAAAUCUAAAAAUGAAGAUGUAAAGCUCCAGUCAAGUUCAAAAUUAUCCAAAAAUACUCGUCAAAAGAAAAGUGCUGCUGGUAACUCAUCUGUAACUACAGAAUCUAAAGAUGCCAGCAUGAAGGUUGACUCUAAAACUCCUAUUAAAACUUCUGUUUCACUAAAACCAGAAAAAAUAUUACAUAAAGAGGAUGGCAGUACUCACGAAGUAAUUGAAAAGCUAGAUUUACCAAAUACAGAAAUAGUUUUAAAUGAUGAUAAAAAUGUUACGUUUACUGACGAGAAAAAAGUUGAAACUGACGACUUUAAACAAAUUCAAACUCCUUCGAAAACCAAAUUAAAACAUAAAGUCGGAUCUGUUUUAGAUAACCAACCUCUAGAGUAUUUUUCUGAAAAAUUGCAAGAGGAUCUUAUUUUUGAUCAAAAAAACAUAAUAGAAAAUAAUCAAUUAAUAGAAAACGAUAAUACGUCAGGACACAGUGUUGUAUCCGAUACAAAAUUAAAAGAUAAUGAAUCAGAAAUUUGCAAUGUAAUAAUUAGAGAAUCAAUUAAUCAAUGUGAAGAUAGUUCCAGCACACGACAAGAUUCUGAAAUUGGUCCUGAAUCGGAAAUUGAAAACAUAGAAUCUAGUCAAAUUUCUGAUGCGCCAUCAAGUAUAAUUGUAGAAGAGAAUUGUGAACUUAAUCGAAAACCUGAUUCUCAAAGCGACUUAACCAUAAAAAACAUAAGCAGUGGAUCUAAUCAAAAACCUAAUGAGCCAACCGAAAUAAAAUUUGAAUCAAUUGAUAAAAACCGCAAUCAAGAAUCUAUUGCAUCAACUGAAAAAGAAUCGAAUGAUGAACCUCCAUUAUUUGGAAGUGUUCGAAAUAGAAAAAAAUGCAUUGAUUUGCAAAUGGAUAACAAUGAAAAGGACACAAAAAACAAGAAAAGAAUUUUAGAACCUCAAAACAUUAUGAAAAAUGAAACUUUCGAGGCAAAAGCGAAUAUUGAGCAAAUUGUUGUAGAAUCAAAAAUGAAAUCAAAUAAAAGUCCUGACAUUGCUAAAGAUCUGGAUAAAAAACCACAGAACGACAUUCAAUUGAAGUCUGAUGAAUCAUUAAUCAACUCCUUAAGAGAACGUAUUGCAUCAGAUAAUGACCAUGAAUCUGGAAGUAAAGAGGAUAUUGCUACAACGAAACCGAUAGAAGAAUCAAAAUCAAACGUUUUAGAGAGAAAACAAUCAGAAUUAUCCAAACAAGAACAAAGAUCGGAAAUUGAAGAAAGUAAUAAAAUUACUGAACCAAAAUUAAAAGCUGAGCCAGUCACCGGAACUAUUAAAAAAACUACAAAAUCACUUGAAAAAAGAACGAUAAAUGGCAAUAUGAGUGAUGAAGAUUCGCCCAAAAAACAAAAAUGUAUUUAUGAUGAAAUUGAUUUAACUACAGUAAAACCAUGUUUUGAUGAUUAUGAAACUAGAUUUGCAAAAGAAGAAACUGAAUGGACGCAGAAAUUUUGGGAUCACAAAGAUGGUAAAGAAAUUAAGUUACCGGACGAUCAUCUUUUCCAGUACGACGAUAUCUGCGAAAAUAAUAAAAGCAAAGUAAGAAAUUUGAAACCCACAGAAGAAAUUUCCGGAGACUUUGUGAGACAAUUUGUUGAAAAUCACCCUUGGAAUGCUGAUCUUACUCCUGAAGAACAAGAGGAAUAUGAUUAUAUAGUAAAAAAUAACACCAUGCUUCUCGAUGCGCCCCAGUUUGCAAAUAGACCAUGGUUAAUUGAAGGAAAGAAAAAGCAAAAAGCUAAGAUGGAUGCGGAGUAUAAGGAAUAUUUAAAAAAAAUACGUAAACAUUAUGAAGAUGAUUUUAAAAAAAAUCCAGACUUAGAUAGAGAAUUAAAAUCGUGGGAGCAAAAAGCUAGACAAGAUAAAAAUCUAUGGGCAUCGAUUAUGAAAGAAGCAGGAAUUGCUGAUAAAACUAUGUGGGAAAAGCCAACAAAUGAGAUAAUUGAUAGCUGUGCCUCAAUUAAUACAAAAAAGUUGACUACUUUUGAUCCAAAAAUAGAAAAUAAAUUGGAUAAAAAUAUUGAAAAAUUCGAUUUGGAGAGCGCUUUUACUUUGAAAGAUGAUUUUAAUGAAGAGGCUGGAUCAAAAAAAGUCAUAGAAAACCCGUUGGAAUCUUUAGCUGAAUCUCAGCAAAAAAAUGAAGAAAAAACUGAAGAGAUAAUUGAACCUCAGAAAAGCGAUGAUAACUGUACUGAUAAACAAGAAAAAGAAAUAAAUUUAAAGAAAAAAUCGCGUAAAAGGCAUAAUAAAAAUUCCCAAAAACCAAUGGAAAACGAAAACCCAGGAGAAAGCACCGUAAUCGAUCAUAAUAUUGUUGAUCAAGGUCAGAUGCAUAUGAGUAUUACUGAUCAAUCAGAACAAAAUUUAAAUCCCAUUGAACCAAAAAACGAUAAUUAUGUAGAGCAGAUUGAUGUCACGGAAGAUACGGAAACAAUUUUACCAGAGAGGGCUUUUGAUUUGAAACAAUCACCAAAAAUAGUAGCAGAAAGCAAAGAAAAAUCGGAUACUAGUUCAGUUAGUAAAAAUAAUCAAAAUAAAAAAGAUGAUCCAGAUAAUAAUUCGGGUAAAGAUAAAGAUACGAAAAAACCCCUUGAUCACAAUAAAUCAAAUUCAAAUAAAAAAAACCCUAAAACAGAACGCUUAGUCGCCGAUUUACCUGGAGGGUUAGGUAGUUGGAACGAUGAUAGUACAUACUUAUCUUUGAGAUCAGUUACGGAAAUAGUUCUCUCCUUAUCCAAUCCGAUUCCUAUCCUACGUAUUCUACAAAUAUAG